CUUAGCUUCAUCCGAAAAAAAACCCAUCUUUUGUAUUCUAUAAAUAGAAUUCAUCACUUUCAGUCUCACGCCUAAUCUCUUUCAAUUCACACAAAAAAAAAAAAAACUUUUUUUUUUUUUUUUAAUUCUCAUUCAAUAUUCAACUGAGGAUGCAUUGGAGAAAAGGCAAAGAUUUGGCCACAUUAGUGGUGGUUUUUGGUUUGUUAAUCCAAGCUUGCUUCUCGGAGAUUAACAGAGGAAGCUUUCCAAAGGGCUUUGUUUUUGGAACAGCCUCCUCUGCUUACCAGUAUGAGGGAGCAGUAAAGGAAGAUGGAAGAGGACCAUCUGUUUGGGACACUUUUGCACAUACUUUUGGUAAAAUUAUUGAUUUAAGUAACGCCGACGUUGCUGUGGACCAGUACCACCGUUAUGAGGAAGAUGUUCAACUUAUGAAGGAUAUGGGAAUGGAUGCUUACAGGUUUUCCAUAAGCUGGUCUCGGAUAUUCCCCAAUGGAACUGGCCAAAUCAAUCAGGCAGGAGUUGAUUAUUACAAUAAACUCAUCAAUGCCUUACUAGCCAAAGGAAUUGAGCCAUAUGUGACCCUCUACCACUGGGACCUUCCUCAAGCCUUGGAAGACAAAUACAAAGGGUGGCUUGACCGCCAAGUCAUCAAGGACUUUGCGCUUUUCGCGGAGACGUGCUUUCAGCAAUUUGGGGACAGAGUGAAGCACUGGAUCACAUUCAACGAGGCGUAUACUGUCGCCGUACAAGGCUACGACGUCGGUCUGCAGGCGCCGGGGCGGUGCUCUAUCCUUCUUCACCUCCUCUGCAGGGCUGGAAACUCUUCAACCGAGCCUUACAUAGUUGGUCACAAUAUCCUCUUGUCUCAUGCAGUUGCUGUGGAUAUUUAUAGGAAAAAGUACAAGAGUAAACAGAAAGGGUCAAUUGGGAUGUCUCAAAGUGUGAUUUGGUUUAUACCAGCAUCAAACUCCACAGCAGAUAUUGAAGCGGCUCAAAGAGCCCAAGAUUUUCAGCUUGGCUGGUUUCUUGAUCCCUUGAUGUUUGGAGAUUAUCCAAGUGCAAUGAGGAAACUAGUAGGAAACCGUUUGCCAACUUUUUCAAAAAGCGAGUCUGCUCUACUAAAAGGAUCCUUCGAUUUUGUGGGCAUUAAUCACUAUACUACUUUCUACGCGUUCAACGUUACACUUUAUGGACUUAAUGACACCUAUCAAGACUCUGCUGCUCUUACAACUCCAUUCAGAAAUUUCAAACCUAUUGCAGACAAGGCAAGUUCAAUAUGGUUGUACAUAGUACCAGAAGGGAUGAGACAUUUGAUGAACUAUAUCAAGCAAAAGUAUGGCAAUCCCCCAGUCAUUAUCACUGAAAAUGGGAUGGAUGACCCAAAUAACAUAUUGAUUCCCCUUAAGCAGGCUUUAAAAGAUGAGAAAAGGAUCAAGUACCACAAUGACUAUCUAACAAACUUGUUGGCUUCUAUCAAGGAAGAUGGCUGCAAUGUAAAAGGGUAUUUUGUGUGGUCUCUAUUGGAUAAUUGGGAGUGGGCUGCUGGAUUUACAUCUAGAUUUGGUCUCUAUUUUGUUGAUUAUAAUGACAAGCUCAAGAGAUACCCAAAGGAUUCUGCAAAAUGGUUCAAGAAUUUCUUGACUUCUGCCUGAAAAAAAUAAAUUAAAUAGGAUGGUGCUUCAUUCUCUACUCUUUACACCAAUACAUGCAAUGUACAUGUACAAGGGUUUUCCCAUUAUACCUUCUUCCUUACCAUUGUGGAACCUUCCUUUUUCAUAAAGAAAUGUGAUUUAAUUUCCUAA